ACCGACCGUACGGCUGGAGGCAGCGGACCGGUUGAAAGAUCGACUUCCCCACUCUGCUUGUGCCGAAGACAUCAGUUAGGCGAGCUCUAGUGGAGAUUACGCGCAGUACUCACAGGUGCUGGCGAUGUCGAGCUCACAGGUUGGCAAGGGCGAAGACGCCUCGACGCCCAUGCUUUCCGGUGGGGCGGGCCAAGCACACGUCAUCCGCAUGGAUCCGAACACCAACAACUUCCAAUCCUCGUUGAAAUCAUGGGGGGAGGAAAAUAUGUUGCUGGUGAUGACUAUCGUCGGUGUAUUGCUGGGUUUAUUCAUUGGAUUCCUCGGCCGAUGGGCGACCCCCACGACGGAGACGAUCAUGCUCAUAUCAUUUCCUGGAGAAAUUCUCAUGGGCAUGUUGAAAAUGCUCAUUCUUCCACUCAUCAUAUCCUCCAUGAUCUCAGGUUUAUCUCAGCUGGACCCCAAGUCUAGCGGUAAAAUGGGUUCGAGGGCGCUUGUCUAUUACUUUGCCACAACGAUUCUCGCUGCCAUCGUUGGUAUCAUCAUGGUCAUCACGAUCCAUCCUGGAAAUCCGAACAUCAAGGAAGGAGUUUCUCUCACGAGGGAAGAGAAAAAAGUUACAACCCUCGACGCGUUCCUCGAUCUGAUUCGAAACAUGUUCCCCGAAAACCUGCUUCAGGCUUGCUUCCAACAAGUAGAAACGACUUACGAAAACGUUACGAAACCCGGAAUAGAUAAAGACAGUCCGCCAGUGACCAUGUUGAAACGAAAAAUAGUAUUUAAAAACGGCACCAAUGUCCUCGGUCUGAUCGUGUUCUGCAUAGCAUUCGGUGUCGUGUCUGGACAAAUGGGCCCCCAAGCAGAUCUCAUGGUCAAAUUUUUCGUACAGCUAAACGAAAUUGUUAUGAAAAUCGUCGUGUUGGUCAUGUGGUAUUCACCCUUCGGUAUUAUGUCGUUGAUUAUUGGCAAAAUCAUGUCGAUAGAAGAUCUUGCAUCGACCGCAGCUCAGCUGGGUCUUUACAUGGUAACUGUCGUCGUCGGCCUGUUGAUACACGCAGUGAUCACGCUGCCUGGAAUCUUCUUCGCCAUCACAAGGCAGAACCCCUUCACUUUCUUCAAAGGCAUGCUCCAAGCUUGGAUCACUGCCUUGGGUACCGCCUCAAGCGCGGCCACCCUUCCGGUGACAUUCCGUUGCCUGGAAGAAAAUCUGCACAUCGACAAACGUGUGACCCGUUUUGUCCUGCCCGUGGGAGCCACCGUCAACAUGGACGGAACUGCCCUCUAUGAAGCCGUCGCAGCGAUCUUCAUCGCUCAAAUGAACGGCAUCUAUCUCAGCACAGGACAGAUAAUCGCUGUGUCUCUGACGGCAACGGCCGCCUCCAUCGGAGCCGCUUCCGUACCGUCGGCAGGACUCGUUACGAUGCUGCUCGUGCUCACAUCAGUCGGUCUUCCAACUGAAGAUAUUUCGAUGAUUGUCGCCGUCGACUGGUUGCUGGAUCGCAUCCGAACGUCGAUCAAUGUGCUCGGUGACGCUUAUGGCGCUGGAAUCGUGCAUCAUCUGAGCAAAGACGAGCUAGCCGAAAUGGACGCGAGGAAACUCCAAGACAAGAGUCGCAACUCGCAUCCGACCGAGGGCGAAACUCAAAUCUAACCCGGCCUUUGCUCCUUCUCGGGAGGUCCGGCACCGCGACCGUAGUGCCCUAACGCUGCGGAUCCUCGGCUCCUGCGAGCCGACGUCAGCCUGCGCUACAUAUCUCUGACGGCUUGUCCGGCUGGAAAAAGACAUGGACACUUCUAAUUCGGAGCGAUUCGACGCCAACUGUUACCGGCGUUAUUUGUUAUCACUUCAGCAACUUCCCCAUAAACUAAUCGGC